GCUUUUUUGAUAGUUUUUGAGGUUUUUCUUUUCUUUUUUUCCGUUUCAGUUUCUUCUCGUGACUAAAGGCCAUAAACAUUUCACGAUCAAAUAUAUAACAUCCAAGAUACACCGGACGAAGUCCACAAAACCUAACUUUAUCACUGCUGAAGCCAUCCCAAUGAUACCGCAUAUUUAUACACAACGAGACUACAUGUUUGUUCACAUUAAUGUCGCGUGACCCGAUUAACUACCAAGGGUUCAUAGCUCAGACGAGUCUUGUCAACAGCAGCUGAAGAUAAGUUUUCUUCUAACAACAUGGACGUUGGUUUCUUCUGACAUCUACAAGUCGGUUAUGUGGACCACAAAUAAUCCUUAUUUUCAGAAUCAUAACAAAAAAGACAACAGUCUUCAAAGUUUUUGCUAUGGUGGAGAACUCGAGAUGAGCGUUAGAUUAAAAGAUGUGCUACCAAUUAUUUGUCCCUUUGAAAACCUUAUCAUGCAAACCAUGGAAAGUCAACCAUCUUCAGGUGUACUGUAUGAAAACCUGUGGAUUGUUUAUGACGAGGAAAGCUAUAAAACAUGUAACGUCAAUUUAACAGCAACAUUUGGUGGRGGGAGAGAAAAGCUAAAGAACAAAUUACUGUAUAAAUGCGAUACCCCCGAUAAACUGACAAAUUAUUUCUAUCGUAUUGACUUCAAAGAAGACAGUCCUGUGUCCAAAUAUUUUUACUUUGAGCCCAAUACGACGUAUUUCUUUUUGGCCACAUCUGAUGGAGGUMAAAGUUCACUUGACAAGACUAGUGGAGGUCACUGCAACAAUGAUGGUGAUAACGAGAUACGCAUGAAGUUCAGAGUCUAUGUUUGUGGAACAAAUGAGCGCUAUAAUGACCCAAAAUGCAAAGAUAGUUCCACUAUUGGAAAAUUCAGAUGUGUAAGACCUGAAUCUUCGAGUUCACUACCAGCUACCACAACAGCCACACCUUCAGUCCCAUGCACAGGGUUGUCCAGAAUUCCAAAGUCUCCCUCAACAGUCAACACUUCUACUGUCAGCAACACUUGCGAUAACCGACCGUCCCCAAGGCGUUCCUGUCCAUCAGACCAAUGGUUUAUAGUUGGAAUUGCAUUUAUCAUAUUAUUUGUAAUGACUGUCCUGCUCGCUGUAUAUUGUUGCCACAGGCAUGCGACUAUUCCAGCACACCCCGACACACCAAUUGAUCUUUAGCGUACACCAAAACUAAUCAUCAAAGAUAUAAAUCAUG